UUCCCCACCCUCGCCCUCUGGAUGCCCCGCGGCCCCGCCCGCCCUCUUAAACCUGGCUCAGCCCUCGGGGCCCGCCCGAAGUCUACCGAGCCCGAGUGGCCCUGCAGCGUCCUGGAGGUGUCUGCUCCGCCGCAGCGUUCUCGGAGGUGGUGUCGGAGAGCCUCCUAGCACGCGGGCCCGGGAUGGCUCUUCCCCGGCCAGGCGAGGCCGCCCCUCCGGACAAGGUGUGCUACCUCCCCGAGAGCAGCCCGCAGAACCUGGCCGCGUACUACACGCCUUUCCCGGCCUAUGGACACUACAGAAACGGCCUGGCCACCGCGGAGGAAGACUUCCAACCCUUCCGGCAGCUGGAGGCCGCCGCGUCUGCUGCCCCGGCCAUGCCCCCCUUUGCCUUCCGCAUGGCGCCUCCCGUGCUGAGCCCGAGUCUGGGCCUACAGAGGGAGCCUCUCUAUGAUCUGCCCUGGUACGGCAAGCUGCCACCGUGGUACCCAAUUCCUCACGUCCCCAGGGAAGUGCCGCCCUUCCUGAGCUGCAGCCGCGAGUACAUGGGGGCCAGCGGUGAAGAUCUGGGCCACCAAAUCACUGGUGGCCGCAACGAGAGUGACCCGUGUUGUGGACCCGAAACUUUCAUUCCACCGCCCCCUGUGGAUGCCUCUCUGUUACCUGAUGGGCUGAGGACCUCGCAGUUCUUACCUUGCUCACCCAGCAAGCAGCCUGAGGAUGGUCCCAAACCCUCCAACCAAGAGAGGACGUCGCCUGCCCGGUUCCACUUCACGGAGGAAGAUCUGCACUUCGUUCUAUACGGGACCACUCCCAGCCUGGAGCACCCAGCCAGCCUGCAGCAUGCGAUUUCAGGGCUCCUGGUCCCCACAGACAGCUCUGGAUCUGAUUCUCCUCCUCAAACUCUGGAUAAAGACUCCCUUCAACUUCCAGAAGGUCUGUGCCUCAUGCGGACCGUGUUUGGUGAAGUCCCACAUUUCGGCGUGUUCUGCAGUAGUUUUAUUGCCAAAGGAGUCAGGUUUGGGCCCUUUCAAGGUAAAGUGGUCAACGCCAGUGAAGUGAAGACCUACGGAGACAAUUCUGUGAUGUGGGAGAUCUUUGAAGAUGGUCGUUUGAGCCACUUUAUAGAUGGAAAAGGAGGUAUGGGGAAUUGGAUGUCCUACGUCAACUGUGCCCGCUUCCCCAAGGAGCAAAACCUAGUUGCUGUGCAGUGUCAAGGGCAUAUAUUUUAUGAGAGCUGCAAAGAGAUCCACCAGAACCAAGAGCUCCUUGUGUGGUAUGGAGACUGCUAUGAGAAAUUUCUGGACAUUCCUGUGAGCCUUCAGGUCACAGAGCUGGGGAAGCAGCCACCUGGGCCCUCUGAAGAGUCUGCAGAAGGCUACAGAUGUGAAAGAUGUGGAAAGGUAUUUACCUACAAAUAUUACAGAGACAAGCACCUCAAAUACACCCCCUGUGUGGACAAGGGCGAUAGGAAAUUUCCCUGUUCUCUCUGCAAACGAUCCUUUGAGAAGCGGGACCGGCUGCGGAUCCACAUUCUUCAUGUUCAUGAGAAGCACCGGCCUCACAAGAGGUUCACAGCCUCCAGCAUACUCCGCACACACAUCAGGCAGCACUCUGGGGAGAAGCCCUUCAAAUGCAAGUACUGUGGUAAAUCAUUCGCAUCCCAUGCUGCCCAUGAUAGCCAUGUCCGACGUUCACACAAGGAGGAUGAGUGCUGCUCCUGUAGCAUCUGUGGGAAAAUGUUCUCAGAUCAAGAAACAUUCUACUCCCACAUGAAGUUUCAUGAAGACUGUUAG